AUGGCGGAGCAGGAAGGGCCCGGGAGCCUCCGGCGGUCGUCGGGCGGGCGGAAGAUGUCCCUGCAGAGAUGUGAAACGUGUAGCGAGGAGGAAGCAAAGUACAGAUGUCCGCGAUGCAUGAAAUAUUCAUGCAGUCUAUUGUGUGUAAAGAAACAUAAGCUUGCACUGAGCUGUAAUGGAGUCAGGGAUAAAACAGCGUUUGUCUCUGUAAAUGAAUUCACUGACUUGAACCUUUUGAGUGAUUAUCGUUUCCUGGAAGAUGUAGGAAGGACAGCUGACGCUGCUGCUCGACAUCCUACUGUGCAUAGUCCAACAACAAAAAAACUUUUAUAUUGCUUGAGAAACAAAGCUCGAAGGUGUAAUAUUGACCUGAGAACGCUGCCCAUUGGAUUUACAAAAAGAAGAGAAAAUUCAACCACCUUCAAUUACAUGGAGAAGAAGUUCUACUGGCACUUGAAGCUUGUAUUUCCUCACUGUCAUGCUGAAUACACUUUAAAAGGGGUGCCUGACGAUAAAGCACUUGCUGAUAUCCUUAAGCCGUACAUUGAUCCAGUGGAGUCAGAUCCUGUAGUUUGUCAAAGAUUAAAAAUCUAUACAGUGUCUCCUCAGUCAGACAUACAAAUUUUAAUGAAAAUAGAAAACAGGAAACAAAACUCUGUCAGGUACAAUGAACUGGAUGCCAGUAAAAGCCUCCUAGACAAUUUGAAAGGCAAAGUAAUAAUUGAAUAUCCAACGUUAUUUGUGGUCUUGAAAACAUUGAAGAAUGACAUGGUGGUUCUUGGCCAAGAUGCCAGUGAACCUGCAGAGAACUCGGACAGUGAAAGUUCAUCCCUUUCAUCUAUGGAAGAAGGGGAAAUUCGGGACAGUUCAUGAUGGUUCUUUGAGAGAAGAAGGUGGAAUAAGCCUUUUAUUUUUUUUUUUUUUAAUUUAAUUAAACCUUUUUUUAUACAACCGAGUUCUCAGAGGUUUGGUUUGGCUUCCUUCAUUAAAGGCAGCACUUCCAAACUGCCUGCCUAUUUUGGGAUUUAGUAAUGCAUAUUUAGGGAUGUAAAUAAAGAGGUGGGGAAUUGCUGGUUCCAGAAAAAUCUGAAAUUCUUAUUUAAUUGUACCCUUUUCUCCAUGUAUCUUUAAUAAA